GGGAGGUGGUGGUUAAGGGGGAGCUGCCCCACCCGUUUGCCCUCACCCUGUACGAGGACACGUUGUUCUGGACCGACUGGAACACCCACUCCAUCCACGCCUGCAGGAAGCAGACCGGCGCCGACCAGCGCGUCGUCCACUCCAACAUCUUCUCCCCCAUGGACAUCCACGUCUUCAGCGCCAAGAGACAAAACAUCCUGGCCAGCAGUCCGUGCUCGGUGAGGAACGGCGGCUGCUCCCACCUCUGCCUCCUCUCCCCGGUGAAGCCUUUCUUUCAGUGCGCCUGUCCCACCGGCGUCCAGCUGCUGGAGGACGGCGAGACCUGCAGAGACGGUGCGACCCAGAUGCUGCUCCUGGCGCGGCGCACCGACCUGCGGCGGAUCUCUCUGGACACGCCGGACUUCACGGACAUCAUCCUGCAGGCGGAGGACAUCCGGCACGCCAUCGCCGUGGACUACGACCCGGUGGACGGACACGUGUACUGGACGGACGACGACGUGAAGGCCAUCCGCCGCGCGCGGCUGGACGGCAGCGACGCCGAGUUCAUCGUCACGGCGCAGGUCAACCACCCGGACGGCAUCGCCGUGGACUGGAUCGCCCGGAACCUGUACUGGACCGACACCGGCACGGACCGCAUCGAGGUCACGCGCCUCAACGGCACCAUGCGCAAGAUCCUGAUCUCCGAGGACCUGGACGAGCCCCGCGCCAUCGUGCUGGACCCCGUCGCCGGGUACAUGUACUGGACGGACUGGGGCGAGGUUCCUAAGAUCGAGCGUGCGGACCUGGACGGCUCGGAGCGCCGGGUGAUGGUCAACACGUCGCUGGGCUGGCCCAACGGCCUCGCCCUGGACUACGCCGAGCGCCGCCUCUACUGGGGGGACGCCAAGACGGACAAGAUCGAGGUCG